CAGGCAUGGCCCAGGGCCCUGCUCGUCUUCACCAUGGCAGCCCCGGCCCCACCGCCCCCGGACACCCCCGUCGCCGCCGCCCACCUCCGCACCCUCGACUUCCAGCUGGCCGCCACAGCUGAUGGCAGUGUCAUCAUUAAAGGGCUCCAGCCCAUUUUUCAAAAACGGGGCAUGACGGAAACCAUCCAUAACUGGGAAGAUCACGGGUACUUAGCUACCUACGUGAGCAAAAAUGGCAGUUUUGCCAACCUGAGAAUUUAUCCCCACGGAUUAGUGUUGAUGGAUCUGCAGAGUGUCGGCAAUGAAGCGGCAGACAAAGAAGAAAUUAACAAUCUGUUAAACAAGGUCGAAGAAAGAAUGAAAGAACUUUACCCGGGCAAAUGCAGAGUUAAACGCCUGCCGGCCAUCACGCGAGGGGGAGCCGUGGAUCGGUACUGGCCCACGGCCGACGGGCGCCUUGUCGAGUAUGACAUCGACCGCGUGGUGUUCGACCAGGACUCCCCAUUCCAGAACAUUAAGAUCCUGCACUCGAAGCAGUUUGGAAACAUCCUCGUCCUCAACGGGGACGUUAACCUGGCCGAGAGCGACCUGGCGUAUACUCAGGCGAUCAUGGGAAGCGGGAAGGAAGAUUACACGGGCAAGGAAGUGCUGAUCCUGGGAGGGGGUGACGGCGGGAUCCUCUACGAAAUCGUCAAACUGAAACCAAAGAUGGUGACCAUGGUGGAGAUUGACCAGAUGGUGAUUGACAACUGUAAGAAGUACAUGCGCCAGACGUGUGGAGACGUUUUAGACAAUCUGAACGGAGAUUGCUACCAGGUUUUAAUAGAAGACUGCAUUCCUGUCCUGAAGAGGUACACCAAAGAAGGAAGACUGUUUGAUUACGUGAUUAAUGACCUGACUGCCGUUCCGAUCUCCACGUCUCCAGAAGAAGAUUCGACGUGGGAUUUUCUCCGAUUAAUUCUCGACCUUUCGAUGAAAGUUCUGAAGCAGGAUGGAAAAUACUUCACACAGGGCAACUGUGUCAAUUUGACCGAAGCCUUGACCCUCUAUGAAGAACAGCUCAGCAGACUGUAUUGUCCUGUGGAGUUCUCAAAGAAAACCGUAUGUGUUCCCUCCUACAUGGAACUGUGGGUGUUUUACACUGUUUGGAAGAAGACGACUGACUUUUGAAGAUCAAGACCUCCUAAAUCCCAUGUGCUGCACAUGCCAUCUUGAAACUUUAAAUUAUAUGCUGUAGAUGAUCCAGAAACUAGGCUUGCUUUCGUGAAUUCUUUAAAAAAAUUUUUUUUAAUUAUUAUGUUAAUUUAAAAGCAAAUGGAAAAAUGUAUAUUUUGAUGAGGUAGGGUGUUAUUUUUUGAAAGUCAACUUAAAGAUAAAUCGUCAGCACAGUCCAAGCUGCUGAAUGCACUGAACAUUUAAAAUGUGAUCCAUGUUAUUUUUUAUGUGUAGGCUUUUUUUGUAGAUCUUCACGGAUUGGGAGUUGGGGGGAGGGGAGGGCCGUGGGUUUUUUUUUGGGGGGGGGGCCGCAGAGAAAUCUUGGCAUUUCAUUCCGAGGGCAAUCCAAGUCUGAGUUUUUCAUCUCUAAAAAUUGAUUCCCGUUUAGAAAUUCGGUGCCUUCCAAAGAGUCUUGAAAUGAAAAACACAGUGCUUCCACUAUAAAAAAAAAUAUGAGUA